UGUUUUAAGACGUAAAUCUGAGAAGAAAAGCUGGAUAAUUGUUGGUUUUCUUCAUUAUUUAUCUCAUGUCUACAGCUUCUGUUAGUUGGCGAGUUUGUAAGUUAUUAUAAAAAGAUACACUUGUUGAAAGAAGAUUGAAGUAUUUAGAGCUUGGAGAUGAGUUCUGCAGGUUUGGGCUUCACCGAGGACCUGAGUCAAGACAUCAGCCAGGAGGAGUUGGACUUCUCCGACCUGUUUCUCUAUAAUCCACCUGGAGAGGACUUUCCUGUCGGCUGUGAUAAAGAUGACUCAGGUGCUCUCCUUCAGAGCGACAACCAGCCUCCUCUGCUGGUGGUCGACCAUCACAACGCGUACAUCUCCGUCUCCGACCGGCCAUCCUCCAGUCGGGACGCCUCCUCUCACAGCCCUACCGCAGCUAACCUGUCGGGGUCUGUGUUUGACUCCCUGGGUCUGGCAUCAAGACCGGGGACCAUCCCUGCUCCCAGCCCCAGGAUCGAGAUCACUCCUUCGGGGGACUCUCUCAGCUCUCAGACCCUGGAGAUGAGCCCUGGCACCAAAGCUCUGGUGGCCUACAGGGAGUGUGUGAGCCCUGCCAGUAGUAACUCCUCCACGGGCUGGCCUGCGGAGGCGUACUCUCCUCUGGCUUCACCGUGCGUCUCCCCGUCUAAUGGAGCUGGCAGCGGGAUGGGGUUGUCCAGCUUGGACCUCUGCCCGGGCCUCCAGAGCAUCCACACUUCUUCUGCCCACUCCUCCCCAGGAGCCUCACCUCGCAACAGCGUCACAGACGAGACGUUUCUCCUGCCCCAGCAACAACACACCGCCUCAUCUCUUCCCCACCAACGCUCCCGCUCUGCCUCCCCGCACGGGAAGCGCUCCUACGACCAGUCCCACCCCUGUCAGGGGGCCACUCCUGUCAAGCAGCGCUCCCGGAGCCCCAGCCCCAUCCCCUCGCACCACGAGCAGCAGGGGUCCUACUACCUCCAACAAUACCAGGCCCAACCGGAGUUCCAGCCCCAACCUCAGACCUCCUCCUCGGGCCUGGAGGAGAUGCUGAGCAGCCUCAGCUCCAGCCUGCCCAGAGCUAUACCGUAUGCAGUGGUGCGAGACGCUCACGUGCCGGCCCAGAGACAGGACUGUGUGUACGGAGAGGGGUUUGACCGGGCCUUUGAGCAGGAGAGGAUGGGCAGGGCAGGAGCCGAGGUCAAGUCUGAAACCUUCUAUAUGCUCCCAGCUGUGUGGCCUCCUGCUCAUCCAGUCCACCACGGAGCACUCGGUGGACUCUCCGUGGCUCCACUCCCGUCUCUAGAGUGGCCGCUGCCCAGUCAGUCCGGUCAGUACGAGCUUCUUAUCCAGCAAGAGCCAAGAUCUCACCACAGAGCUCACUAUGAGACUGAGGGCAGCCGCGGAGCUGUGAAGACACCUAACGGAGGGCAUCCGGAAGUUCAGCUCCGCGGGUACCAAGGCACGGCUCCACUGGGGCUGCAGGUCUUCAUAGGGACAGCCGACGAGAGGAUCCUGAAACCGCACGCCUUCUACCAGGUCCACCGCAUCACCGGGAAGACCGUCACCACACCCAGCAUGGAGCGGAUGAUGAACGGGACCAAAGUGUUGGAGAUCCCUCUGGAGCCAAAGAACCACAUGAGAGUGAUGAUUGACUGUGUAGGAAUCCUGAAGUUGAGAAAUGCCGACAUCGAACUGAGGAACGGUGAGACGGACAUUGGACGAAAAAACACACGUGUGCGUUUGGUGUUUCGUGUCCACAUUCCUCAACCUGGAGGCCAACUGCUGUCUCUUCAAGCUGCCUCUCAUCCUAUUGAAUGCUCCCAGCGCUCGGCUCAGGAGCUCCCUGCAGUCGAGAGGCAGGACCUGGACCGAUGCUCGGUGCUCGGUGGGCAACAAAUGGUCCUAACAGGACAGAAUUUCACGUCUGACUCCAAAGUGAUAUUCUCAGAGAAGACACAAAAUGGACAGCAAAUCUGGGAGGUGGAGGCCACGGUUGACAGAGACAAAACACAAGCUAACAUGCUCUUUGUUGAGGUCCCUCCGUAUCGAAACCGGACCAUUUCCCACCCAUCCAAAGUCAACUUCUACGUCAUCAACGGGAAGAAGAAACGCAGUCAGCCUCAGCACUUCAUCUACACCCCUAUGACAGCCAUUAAAGCAGAACCACUGGACGACUACCAGUUGAGGACAUACAUCUACUCAGAUAAUCAGACCCUUGCUGGCCUGUCAAUGAAGUCGCUCUACCAUCCCCUGGAGCAGGAGAGCAACCUUCAAUCUCUGAAUGUUUCUCCACCGAUGUACCAUCUAACCACCGUAGACCCCAGAGCCCACGUCUUAAUCCCUGAUCCACUGGACAACCAGCCAGUUUAUUACCAGUCCAGAGCCAGCACUCUGAUCAACAACCCCGUGCUUUACCACGCUGCAAAUCAGCGUUACAGCAACUGUGGCACCGCCCCCCAUGGUUCUCCGAUGGCUUCCCACCCUUCCUCCACUCCCAGCCCGUGUGUCAGUGUCAGAACACCAAUGGGCAAACUGGGCGAAGGUCCUCAAGUUGGGGAUUCAUUCAAGUCCUGUGUGGCGUCAAGACAUCAGAGUUAUAUGCAGACAGCGCUGCCACUGGGAAAGUCACCACCUUCAAGAUACAUCCAAGGUCAAGCUCAAGGAAAGGCUGGAAGCCGAGUGGAACCUCUGACCCAGAUCGGCUCGGGUAGAGGGAACCUUGAGGAACGAGCUCAUGAGGGUGUCACAGUCAAACAAGAGAAUCUCCCCUAUGCUUACCUGGAGGAUGUGAAUGACAUCAUAAGAAGAGACAUGAAAGGCCACAAUGGAGACUGACCCUGGAGGCCUGAUGUCCAUCAGAUCAAGCAUAAUAUGUAAAAUAUAUAAUCCUGAAUGUCUUGUAGGAAGCUUGUACUUGAUAGAGUGCAAGAAAAAAUGUAGACCUAUAUGUUGACUUUAGACUUUUUAGCCUCAGCAAUGAUAGUAGACAACCUGUUGUAUACCUUAAAUUGUGUAUCUAUUGUGUAUCAACCUGUUUGACUUAUAUUUGUUCAUUUAUUUGUAAAAUUGCUCUUUUUAAGCAUGUAUGAAAUAUUUUAUAUUAAAUAGAAUCUGUUUAUACGAA